GGCGUUUAUUACUGUGCUUGGUCUGCACUUGACUGCUCGCAUCGGCAGCGAUGGCGCGUACGAAGCAGACGGCGCGGAAGUCGACGGGCGGCAAGGCGCCCCGCAAGCAAUUGGCCACCAAGGCUGCCCGCAAGAGCGCGCCGGCAACGGGCGGCGUCAAGAAGCCGCACCGCUACCGGCCCGGCACGGUGGCGCUGCGCGAGAUCCGGCGCUACCAGAAGUCCACGGAGCUGCUGAUCCGCAAGCUGCCCUUCCAGCGCCUGGUGCGCGAGAUCGCGCAGGACUUCAAGACCGACCUGCGCUUCCAGAGCUCGGCCGUCAUGGCGCUGCAGGAGGCCAGCGAGGCCUACCUGGUGGGGCUCUUCGAGGACACCAACCUCUGCGCCAUCCACGCCAAGCGCGUCACCAUCAUGCCCAAGGACAUCCAGCUGGCCCGCCGCAUCCGCGGAGAGCGCGCGUAAGCCUUGCCAGAACUUAACCACCUGUUUUUAAAAAAAGGUACUUAAAAUAACACAAA